GAGGGGCCCCCCCCCAAAUAAAGCCUCUCCUCCGAGUGUGCGCAAUGCACAGUUCUGCUUCGGAGAGAGGAAGAAGAGGGGUGAGCUUGGUGCCCCCGGCUUGCCAAGGGUUAAAAGGAGCCGAGCUGGAUUACUAGAGAGGAGAGGAAAUAAAGGCGGGGGGGGGGCAGGUCCUUCGGAGCAAAAGCACCUCCUUGCAAAGCCCGUCCCUGCAAAGGGAGGCUGGUGCUUUUUGUCUUGUCUGCGGCGCAAGCGCUGCCUCCGUGGCGCAUUCCGGGACCUGGUGAGUCUGGGGGAGAAGCGGGGGCGGGGGGUCCCAGGGCUGCAGGGGAACGAGGCAUGGGGGGGCUGUUCAGCUGAGGCAAUGGGGGGCCCCCCAAGUCAGGAAGCAGAGGGUCCUCCCCGUUUCCUCUCUGCAAAGAUAGGGAGGGGGCGAGUGUGCAGGAGCUCUGCAACUAUGUUCUUCCACGGUGGCAAGACGCUGCCAUUUUGGGGAGAACAUAAUGGAAUGCAGAUAAGCCCAUUUCAGAUUUGUGAAUCAGUCACACUUGUCAGCGGGGGUUGUAGCCAGACGGAAACAGUCGGGCAUAAAAGAUACGCAGAACAACAACCAUGAAAGCCUGACGUUUGCCAUCCGAUGUUGGAAAGUCGAGGGCAGACAAAAGAAAGAGCUGCGUCAUGGGGCAAAGAGUUAAACCGAGGGAACUCCCUCCCACAGGAGGAUGGGAUGGGCACCAAUCCAGAUGGCUUUCCAAAGAGGAGGAGGAGGGAUGCAGGGGGGAGGAGGAGAGGGAUGUGGGUGGCAGUUCUGUGCGUCCCAGAGUGACGCAUCUUCGCCAGGAUGGAGAUUCUCUGCAUCUGCUGGUAGUUGCUGCUACCAAAGUGAUGGAGGAGAUAUUAAAAUACAGUAAUACAUCAAACAUUAAAAGCUUCCCUAAACAGGGCUGCCUUCAGAUGUCUUCUAAAAGUCAGGUAGUUGUUCUCUUUGACAUCUGAUGGGAGGGUGUUCCACAGGGCGGGUGCCACUACGGAGAAGGCCCUCUGCCUGGUCCCCUGUAACUUGGCUUCUCGCAGUGAAAGAACCGCCAGAAGGCCCUCAGCGCUGGACCUCAGUUCAGAUGCUUCUGAACUCCAGUUGCUGGAAAACCACAGGCAGGGAGAAAGUUGCUCUUGCACUCGGAUCUUGCUGGGGUGCUUCCUGGAAGAGGCCCCUGUAAGAACAGGAGUGGGGACUCAAUAGGAAGUCCCAUUGGCCUGAUCCUGCAGGACUCUCUGAUGCUGAGUUCCUCCAGAUACAAGCCAACCCUCUGUUGUCCUUCAGUUAGAAGGAAAGCUUUCCCCACCACCCAUUCAUCCCACAGGGGUCUUCUCCAGACUUUGACACAUGCAGCCUUUCAGGUGUCCCCAGGAUCUUUGGAGGCUGAACAGAAAGCCCUGCUGAGAAACCCUGGAGGUCUCCCCAUCCAAGGAAUCCAAGGCAGGAGAGGAAAGGAACCUGAGAUGGGGGUGAAAGAGGCAGCCUCCUCCCAUUGCUGUAGUUACUGGGAGACCCUCUCCCCACCAGGUAUAGCUCCCUGAAUUCCCUGGCACAAAGGACAGAUUAUUAAAGUGCACUUGGAGGGUGUCUCCUAGCAGCUCUCAGCAUCCUUAAGAAACUACAGAUCCAAGGAUUCUUAGGUAGGAGGAAGCCAAUGCUCUCUAAAGUGGGAUAAUCGUGCUUUGCAGAUGCAGAGCAGGUGGGGACCUGGGAGUGUGUGUUGUCUUUUUCCUUCCUUUUUGGAAUACUGGCUUAUUGGGUUUUAUAAACAAGGCUCACAGGAGGAAUAAAGGAUACAAAUAAAUAGACUGAGUGUUCUCUUGUCAUCUGUGCAUCACAAAAACCACACAAUAAGUUCAUGGGAAUGUCUACAACAGCUGGAUCAUUAUUAGUGUACGAGUUCCUGGUUCAUGAAUUAGUUGAAUCAAAACCAGAAAGGGGGGAAACGGGAGAGAGCAGAGUUAACAGGUCACAGUCCACAUUUCCUGGCCGAACGCCUAGUCAGGAGCCCUUGGAGUUAGUUGUGCUUAGGUCAAGUGUGAGGCAGAGUUGUUUUUUUAUUUUAUGUUACCAAUAAAACAAUGUAAGGUGCAGAUCAACCACACUGAGCCAAAUGGUGUUUCUGGAGGCAGACAUCCUGGAUUUAGAAGGUCAUGACUUAAAAUUCGGCUGGCCUGCAUGUCUUUGGUAUGGGAAGGCGAAAAUUUAUAAAAGUUUUAUUAACUAUAUCCUUAGGAAGAAUCGGUAUAGAGUUAGGGAGAAAUAUAAAAAUCUGCUGGAAAGGAAAACAUCUUUAUGGCUCUCUCCUAUUGGGGCUGUUACAAUUAAGAGAGUUAAUAUGGACAGACAACGGGCAACUUACAGGGAACUGCUACACUUUACAGAGGGGGAACCUAAACUGAAAUCAAUGGUAAGUGUAAGGAGCCAUGUGACAGAUUGGCUACAAUAUCAUCAGUUAUACGAAAUGUUUAGAACAGACAGGAAAAAAUGUUUUUUGGACCAAAGCUCACGCUUUGAAAAAGAACUUUUACAAAACGAAGAAAAACUCUUAUCUAAAAUGUACAAUCUGUUAUUAGAUUGGGAAACAAAAGACGAGCUUGUUAAAGCUUCCUUGACACCCUGGGCAGUAGAUAUAGGACAUAAUAUAGAUUUGAAUCUCUGGGAAAAACUAUGGAAGAGCGAUUUGAAGUUUACAGCAUGUUAUUCCUUGAAAGAAAACUCCCUGAAAAUGAUUCACAGAUGGUAUGUAACUGCGUAGACUUGCUAAGAUGUACAAGACUGAAUCAGCUAAGUGAUGGAGAUCUAAUGAGGCUGAGGGUACGUUCCAUCAUAUGUGGUGGACUUGUAAAAGAGUAUUGGGAAAUAAUUUAUAAUGAAUUGAAAAAAUGUCUGGGGGUUUUUUUUGGGGGGGGGGUUGGAAAAGUACUUUUAGAGCCCUUUUUGUUGGGGAUAAUUCAGAUGGAAAUUCCCAGGUGUCAAAAAAGGUUAUUUAUGUAUGCUACUUUUGCCACCCGUGUUUUGUUAGCCCCAAAAUGGAAAACUAGUGACGUCCCAACCAAAGAAGAAUGGCAACUCAAGUUGACGGAAUAUGCCCAGCUUGCAGACUUAUAGAAUAAGAGAACAAGAAGAAUACUGUAUACAUUUAGAGAAGACUGGAAUAUAUGGGGGGAAAUUGUGUAAACUUGAAAACGCUGGCAGCAUUAAGAUAAAUUGAACAGUGUAAAUAAGUUCUGGGGGAUGUAAUAAUGAAAUACUGAAUGGUUUAGUUUAUAUAAGAUAUGUGGGGAUUUAUGUUUUGCAAAUUGAACCAUGGAAGGAGAAGAAGGGAAGUAGCUGAUAUUUUAAGGUUGUUCAGAUGAAUAUUCUAAAAUGUAAAAUAGAAAAACAAUAAACAUUAUAUAAUUUCUCUCUCUCUCUCAUGAUGCUGUAAUGUUUGUGCGCUUCGUUCUGCCAAAAUUUCAGAGGGAGGACAUUGCCAAUUCCAACAAGCUCUCCCACUUUCUUGAGAUUCUAUUUGUAUCUUGAGGCUCCCCCCCAACCCUACACUUGUUAUUGUUGUAAAGCUUGUUAUUAUUAUUACAAGCAGCCCCCCCUUUAGUCUGCCCCAUUCCGCCUCUUCCCAUGACAUUUUCAUGCUGCUUCCUGGUUCUUGACACUGAACAUGUUCCUGGUUCUGUGUCCCUGGGAGGUUUGCCUGUUCCUCUGCUCCAUUUAUUACCCAGGACAAGUUACAUCAGUGGUAAAAUUCCAUAUUAAAAAGAGUUAAAACAAAUGACAGCCACAGGAAUAGGAUGGGUCUGGAUUGUCUUGGGUGUCGGAGGCCUUGGUCAAGAGGGGAAGGAGCCAGACACGCCUCUGGGGAGGGAAUUUCCCAACCUGGGAACCGCCCCCAGGAUGCCCUCUCUUGGGCCACACCACACUCCAAACUCUGAGGGUGUUGAAAUGACCAAGAGGGGCCCCUCUGCCACCCUCCCCCCAAGAGGGUCAGUAGGGAAGGAUAGUGAAUCCUUCAUGUGAGCACCUGGAAUUGAGCCUCGCGUCAAAAUUGCACCCCAUACAAAUUACUUGCCUGCCAAUCUCAGUUUGACGCCAUUCAUUCAUUGAUAACACUGAAAGGAAGGCACAAGUAGGCUGAUUCAAUUGGAAGAAAUCUCUUCUGUUACCUGCACAUUUUGCAUAGUAACUUUCCUUCCAAGAGCUAGAAACUUACAUCUUCCCUUUUUUUUGCAGGAGAAAGCUCAGAGUCUGGGAUGCGGAGUCCAGCCUGUUUCCUAGCAAGACUCCUCCAUUCUUCUUCAGGGAACCUAUUUAUUCUCCAGACCGUGUAUGAAUUUUAUUAUGGUACAAUGUAUUUCCUUUUGUAGAAUUUGCUAGCAGCUCUACUUAGGACAGACAGAACUUGGCAGAAGACCAAAGGAUUCCUUCCGAUCUCUUGGGGUAUUCCUGAAAGCCCAGAUGGAUGAGCAAGACUCAGCCGGCCCUGAAGCAGGAAGAGGCCAUGCCAUCAAAACUGGGAGCAGUGAGGGAUUCUGGGAAACCUCCAUGCAGAAGAUCCUGGGUGAGGAGGACAUUCUCUGCUCAGAUGUGCAGAGCCAGCAGCUCAGUCAGUUCUGCUACCAGGAGGCUGAAGGACCCCGAGAGCUUUGCAACCGACUCUACCACCUUGACCGUCAGUGGCUAAAGUCAGAAAGUCACACGAAAGCUCAGAUGCUGGAUCUUGUGAUCUUGGAGCAGUUCCUGGCUGUCCUUCCGCCAGAGCUGGAGAGCUGGGUGAGGGAGUGUGGAGCGGAGACCAGUUCCCAGGCGGUGGCCCUGGCCGAAGGUUUCCUCCUGAGUCAGGCAGAGGAGAGGAAGCAGGCAGAGCAGCAGGUGAGAGAGACUUUCCCCUGGAUAAUCCUAAGGGGGUCUGAACUGGAGGGAGAGUACCCCCUAAUUUUCUAAUAAUGGCGUAUCCUUUUUUUGGAAAGCAUUCAAGGAAGUUUAGGGUUAGGGUUUACAUCUGCCUUUUUUCUAAUUCUCCCCAUUCUCUGUUUUUAAACCUUGCUCUUUCAGGGAAAGGGUCCGUUUGCAGAAAUGGCCUUAGAUUCUUCUGAGGUAGAGAGGACUCCGUUGGACACCAGAGAGAGGCCUCUGGGUAAGGAGGAAUAUGUCUGGAGGCGGUUGGAGGAUGGAUGGUGGCUAACGGAUUAAGGUUGAAUCCUGACAAGAUAGAAGUACUGUUUUGGGGGGACGGGGUGGGCAGGUGUAGUCCUGAAUGGGGAAACUGUGCCUCUGAAGGACCAAGUGCGCAGCCUGGGAGUCAUUUUGGAUUCACAGCCGUCCAUGGAGACAGAGGUCCAUUCUGUGUCCCGGGCAGCUGUCUGCCAGCUCCAUCUGGUACACAGGAUGAGACCCUCCCUGCCUGCAGACUGACUCUCCAGAAUAGAAGAGAAGAAGAAGAGUUUGGAUUUGAUAUCCCGCUUUAUCACGGCCCGAAGGAGUCUCAAAGCGGCUAAAAUUCUCCUUUCCCUUCCUCCCCCACAACAAACACUCUGUGAGGUGAGUAGGGCUGAGAGACUUCAGAGAAGUGUGACUGGCCCAAGGUCACCCAGCAGCUGCAGGUGGAGGAGCGGAGACGCGAACCCGGUUCCCCAGAUUACGAGACUACCGCUCUUAACCACUAUACCACACUGGCUCCACACCACACCACAUGCAGAGUGGUGCAUGCUCUGGUUAUCUCUUGCUUGGACUACUGCCAUGCGCUCUACAUGGGGCUACUUUUGAAGGUGACCCGGAAACUAUUGCAAAGUAUUGGAAGACACAAGAUCUACCCACCCUGGAAGAAUGGCAGAUGAAGAUGAUGGACUAUAUGGAACUGGCAGAAAUGACUGACAGAAUCCGAGACCAGGGAGAAGAGUCGGUGGAAGAAGAUUGGAAAAAGUUUAAAGACUAUCUACAGAAAUACUGUAAAAUUAAUGAAUGUUAGAAUGAUGUUGGAUAGAAACUAAGUGGUUUCCAGCUGUAAUGUUAUAAGGGAAUAUGAAAAAAUAGACUAUUAAUAGGUAAAAAUCUAAUGUUCCAAUAUUUUAAGAUUGAAGAUUAGGAUAAACAAAGAGGGGAGGGAUUUGCUGAACUAACAAACUGAAUUGGAAUACAGAAAAGGGAGGUGUGAGGAGGUCUGGGAAAUAAGCAAAUGAAUGAUAAGUGAUUGAAAAACUGAAUUGUUUUUAACUAUUUUUAUUUUGUAUUUUUCUUUUUUCUAUUUUCUAUUUUUGUAAUAUAUUGAAAACCUUAAUAAAUAUCUUUGGAAAAAAAAGAAGAAGAAGAAGGUGACCCCCAAACUACAAUUACUCCAGAAUGCAGCAGCUAGACUGGUGACAGGGAGUGGCUGCCAAGACCAUAUAACACUGGUCCUGAGACCUUCAUUGGCUCCCAGUACAUUUCCGCGCACAAUUCAAAGUGUUGGUGCUGACCUUUAAAGCCCUAAACGGCCUCAAAGGCCCAGUAUAGCUGAGGGAGCGUCUCCACCCCCAUCGUUCUGCCCGGACACUGAGGUCCAGCUCUGAGGGCCUUCUGGCAGUUCCCUCCCUGCAAGCAGUGAAGCUACAGGGAACCAGGCAGAGGGCCUUCUCGGUAGUGGCAUCCGCUCUGUGUAACACCCUCCCUUUAGAUGUCAAGCAGAUAACGAACUAUACAGCUUUUAGAAGACAUCUGAAGGCAGCCUUGUAUCAGGAAGUUUUUAAUGUUUGAUGCUUUAUUAUGUUUUAAAUAUACUGUAAGCCACCCAGAGUGACUGGGGAAACCCAGUCAGAUGGGCAGGGUAUAAAUAAUACUACUAAUAUUAUUGUUAUUGCUAUUAUUAUUAUGUAUUUUUACACAGCUUAAAUACGAAAUGGCUACAAACAGCCCCAUGCAUGCAGCAGGUGAGGCUUUUUCUAUGGCCAAGCUGUAGUUAGAGAUGCCCUUCUUCACUCAUGGCUUCCUACUUACCUCCGUCAGGUGACACAAGGAUGCUGGCAAGACUUCCUCAUCCAUCUUCUUAUGCUGGUGGAGGGGAAGCAGCAGCUCUGGAACCAGAUCAGGUAGGGAGAAGGAUUGCUUCGGGCAAAGAGGCCGAGAGAGGGGGCAGCCAGGGUUCAACGAAUCUCAUUUGCUCAUCUCUUGACUUCUGUCAAAACUGCCCUUAACAAAGGCUUAAAAUGCCAUUCCAGAAGGUUUAUGUGCUGAGAACGAUGAACGACCACCUCACGUUCACUAGCCUUCUGAAUGUUGCUAGUGUUAUUUAUCAGUAGCUUCAGUUUUAUUUAUAUCAUUUAAUGCUAAAAAAAGCUUCUAAGCAGUUGACAAACCAUACGAAACAGUGGCCAGGAUUCACCUAAGCAGCCCCAUCGGUUACACAAUGGAGCUUCCCCGCUUUCCUCUGUGCCCACAUGUGCCCUUUGAAGUUGGCAUUAGGGCAUCAGGAAGGUUGUCCCCCGCCCAGAAAAGGGCACAGGGAGAGCAAAGAGGAGACCCCUCCGUUUGGCAAACUUGCACAGACAGAAUGCUUUGAGGAACACCACGUGGAGUUUUACCCAUUUACCCCAAGUUUAAUACCCAUUGUUAAAAUAUACAAUAAGAGAAUUCCAUUGAGACGUUAAAAUAAGCAUCCAUAAUUAAAAUGUACAGCAAAACAAUCCCAUUAAAACUACAUAGCAGUUAACAGGCAGAAAACAGCAGAACGACAUGUGGAAGAUAAUCUUUAUGCUGUCUGACAGCAAGACAUUUUUCUCUUCUUUUAGGGUCCGGUGUGCUUUGAAGAUAUAGCUGUUCAUUUCACAGACGAGGAGUGGGCUUUGCUGGAUCCUGACCAGAGAGCUCUGCAUAAGGAAGUCAUGGAGGAGAAUCGUGGGAUCCUGGACUCUCUCAGUAAGACUGCCCAUUUGAUCAUAAUAUCUGUUUUGAAAUGCGAUACAGUCAUACCUUGGGUUACAGCCACUUCAGGUUGCAUUUUUUUGGGUUACGGACCGCCGAAACGUGGAAGUACCGGAAUGGGUUACUUCCGGGUUUUGGAGGUUGCGCAUGCGCAGAAGUGCUAAAUCGCGCUUUACACAGAAGCGCCAAAUCUCAACCCGCGCGUGCGCAGACACGAGUUGCGAACGUGCAUUCCGCACGGAUCACGUUCACAACCCGAGCCUCCACUGUACACAUCUUUAUGUGAUUCUGACACCCCCAUAGCUACCCUUGAAUUAUCUGUCUUCUUGAACUCUAAAUAGGCUGGCCUGAACGGCCCUACACUUUUAAAUGUAGGCUUCAGAGUUGUUAGGGAACUUGAAGUAGAGUCUGUCACAUUUUUUGUUUUGGUUUAUGCUUCUCACAUUUUUGGUUGACCAAUGAGAUUACUGACAUUUGAAAUGGCACAAAUUCUAUGAUUGGGCCAAGCAAAAUCAAUAAAUAUGUAUUGCCAGUCAACAACAGUGAACCCUGGGGUAAGACCUUCAGUUUUUCCUCUAUCACAAGUCUUCAUGAGCAGUGUUCAAUAAUUUGGGACUGCAUUUUUCCCUGAGGAUAUCUAAUAAAUUUCUCCCUUUGUUGCAGGUGGUGAUGAAUUGCUAAUUAAGAACGAGGAAGAGCAUGACGAAAUCCAAAUAGUGGAAAAUCCAUAUAUAUAUUCAGAUUGCUGGGAGAGCUUCUUUCAGAGCUCCCAUUCCACUUCCCUUCAAAAUAUUCCCAUUGGGAAUAAGCCAUAUCAAUGCUUGGAAUGUGGAAAAAGUUUUGGGCAGCGUGCCCACCUCAAAGGCCACCAGAUUAUUCAUACUGGGGAGAAACCAUAUCAGUGCUUGGAAUGCGGAAAGCGUUUUAGUCGGAGCACCCAUCUCACUUCCCACCAAAGAUUUCAUACAGGAGAGAAACCGUACCAGUGCUUGCAAUGUGGGAAAAGGUUCAGUCAGAGUGCCAAUCUAACUUCCCACCUAAGAUUUCAUACUGGGGAGAAACCCUUUCAGUGCAUAGAAUGUGGAAAGAAGUUCAGUCGGACAGCCAAUCUCAUUUCCCAUCAAAGAAUCCAUACGGGAGAGAAACCCUAUGAGUGCUUGGAAUGUGGAAAGAGCUUCAAUGCGAGUUCCAGCCUCACGGUCCAUCAAAGAAUUCAUACAGGGGAGAAACCAUAUCAGUGCUUGGAAUGUGGAAAGUGCUUCAGUCACAGGCCUGGUCUCACGGUCCAUCAAAGUAUUCAUACUGGGGAGAAACCUUAUCUCUGCUCAGAAUGUGGAAAGAGCUUCAGUAAGAGAGCCCAUCUCACAUCCCAUGAAAGAAUUCAUACAGGGGAGAAACCGUAUCUCUGCUCAGAAUGUGGGAAAAGUUUCAGUCAGAGUUCCCAUCUCAAGGGCCAUCAAAGAAUUCAUACAGGGAAGAAACUGUAUCAGUGCUUGGAUUGUGGGAAGAGCUUCAGUCAUAGUGCCAAACUCUCUUCCCACAAAAUAUUUCAUAUUGGGGAGAAACCAUUUCAGUGCUUGGAAUAUGGAAAGAGCUUCAUUGCAGGUUCUAAUCUUAAUGGAGACCACAACCAAAUCCACACAGUGGAGAAACCAUAUCAGUAUUUGGAGAGUUCAGAGAUGUUCGAUCAGAAGGAAAGUCUCUCUUCACCUCAAAGAAUUCACAGCAGGGAGAAACCCUAUCAGUGCUUGGAAUGUGGAAAGAGCUUCACCCAAAAACUAAGCCUCAUUUCCCAUCAAAUUAUUCAUACAGGGGAGGUACCAUAUCAGUGUCUGGAAUGUGGAAAGAGCUUUAAUACAAUCACAAACUUCCGUCGACAUAAAUAUAUUCACAGUGAGGUAAAACCAUAUCAGUGUUUGGAAUGUGGAAAGGGCUUCGGUCGGAAAGAAAGUCUCACUUCCCAUCAAAGAAUUCACACAGGGGAGAAACCCUAUCAGUGCUUGAAAUGUGGGAAAAGAUUCAGUCAGAGUGCCCAUCUCACUUCCCAUGAAAGAACUCAUACAGGGGAGAAACCCUAUCAGUGCUUGAAAUGCGGAAAGAGGUUCAGUCAGAGAACCCAUCUCAUUUCCCAUCAAAGAACUCACAUUGGGUAGAAUCAAAGAAUUGUAGAGUUGGAAGGGACCCAGUGCUAUCUGGUCCAAUUCACCUCUUACCGUCAGAACGUUUUCCCUCAUUUUUAGUUGGAAUCUGCUUUCUUGUAACCUGAAUCCAUUUGCUCAUGUCCUACCCUCCAGAGCAGGAGAAAACAAGUUUGCUCUAUCUUCUAUGUGAUAGCUUUUUAGAUAUUUGAGGAUGCCUAUCAUCUCUUCUCUUUUUCAGUACAUACCCAAAUACCGUUACUGUUCCUCAUCAGGCUUGGUUUCAAGAACCUUGAUGAUCUUGGUCACUCUCCUCAGAACACAUUCCAACUUGUCAAUAUCCUUCUUAAAUUGUGGUGCCCAGAACUGAACAGUGGAGUCCAGGUGUGGUCUGAGGAAGGCAGAAUAGAUUGGUCCUAUUACUUCCCUUGAUCGGGACACUAGACUUCUGUUGAUGCAGCCUGGAAUAGCAUUAAGUGAAUUUGCUGCUGCAUCACUUUGUUGUCUCAUGUUCAGCUUGUGGCAAGCCAGGAUACCCCACCUUAUAUUUGUGCAACUGGUUCUUCUUGCCUAACCGCAGAACCUGACAUUUGUCCUAUUUGAAAUCCAUUUAUUCAGCUUCAUGGCCAAAUUGGGAUUUGAACCCAAGUCUCCCAGGGUUCCUGAAACCCUUAUCACUAUACCUAAUCACUUGCUCUCUAGUAACACUCUUGGAAAACGUGCAUGCUUGUGCAUCUCCUUAAUCUUUGUGUGCAGUGUUCUGGUGUUUUGUAUUUAAAGUUGUAUACACCUGUCUCAAAGUAAUUAAUGUAAUAGUGGUAAGUAAGUAGAAUGGUGGUUUUAAGGAAAUUUUAGCUAGGGAGUGGAGGGGGGGUUAGGAAUGCUAAAGUGGGAGAUUAUUGGCUCUGAGUUUGAAAGCACCAAACUGAGCAGUUUUCACAUAAAUCACAAGAUCUAAGAUAAAGAUUCGGUUCGGAAACUUCAGCUGGUGCAGAAUUCAGCGGCCAGGUUGCUCACCAGAGCAAGAUGGUCUGAGCAUAUUACACUGGUCCGACUGCACUGGCUAUCGAUUAGUGUCCAGGCCCAAUUCAAAGUGUUAGUUUUGAGCUAUAAAGCCGUAAAUGGCUCAGGACCGUAAUACCUCAAGGACUGACUUUUUCCAUAUGAACCCACCCAGACCCUGAGAUCAUCUUCUGAGUCCCUCCUUCGUGUGCCUCCUGCUUGAGAGGUCUGGAGGGUGGCGACACAAGAAUGGGGCCUUCUCUGCAGUGGCUCCCCGUCUGUGGAAUGCUCUCCUCAGGGAAUUAUACACCUUUAGGUGCCAGGCAAAAGUGGUCCUUUUUAACCAAGGCCUUUGGUUAACAUCCACUACCCUUUUAAAAUGUAGCUCUUUUUGGGGGGAGUAUUAUUAGAUUAUUGCUUUUAUUUUUAUUUUAUAUACUGUGAUCUUUUUAUGUGAACCGCCCAGAGACCUCUGGGUAUAGGGCGGUAUAUAAAUUCAAUAAAUAGUAAAAUAAUAAAGAUAAUAAAGAUACAAAAAACUCGAGAGCGACAACCCCUCACCCAAAAAGCCCCAGAGACUGUUCAACAGGCUCAGCCAUUGCAGCUGGAGUCAGUCCAUCAGUCCUCCCAGGCCAGGUGGGAAAAGGCCUGCAGGGCAGGGAGCAGCUCUCCUGAGAUGGUCUAUAGUCGCUUCAGUAGAGACAGGUGGAGAGUGAAAGUAGUGGUUGUUUUGAAGCAGUGUUGCAUUGGGUAGAUUAGCAGUAAAGGAACAGCCUUAUAAUACCCCUUGUUAGGGAUGCGGGUGGCGCUGUGGUCUAAACCACAGAGCCUAGGACUUGCCGAUCAGAAGGUCGGCGGUUCUAAUCCCUGCGACGGGGUGAGCUCCCAUUGCUCGGUCCCUGCUCCUGCCAACCUAGCAAUUCGAAAGCACGUCAAAGUGCAAGUAGAUAAAUAGGUCCCACUCCGGCGGGAAGAUAAACGGCGUUUCCGUGCGCUGCUCUGGUUCGCCAGAAGUGGCUUAGUCAUGCUGGCCACAUGACCCGGAAGCUGUCUGCGAACAAACGCCGGCUCCCUUGGCCUAUAGAGCGAGAUGAGCGCCGCAACCUCAGAAUUGUCCACGACUGUCAGGGGUCCCUUUACCUUUACCCCUUGUUACAGUUGGGGGAAGAGGUGGGGUCUUCGUGAUUUGUUUCCUGUUCUUGUUUUUAUCAUCAUGCACUUGGUGUUUUUAUAUUGUAUAUUUAUGUUGUGUAUCGCCCUGAGAUCUGCGGGGGAAGGGCGGUGUACAAAUAUAAUAAAAUAAAUAAAUAAACUAUU